UGCAACCACAAACCGUGGACCUCUCUUCACCCUGCUCAUUCAUCAUCAUCAAUCUUGACAGGCCGGAUUCCCUUGGGUUCUGCCUUGUGCACCGUUAACUCCUCUAGACCGAUUGUCUAAAGUUGAGCGCCUCCCUCCGGAAGGUCUCCGAAACACAACAGGCGUCAUGGCGGAGUCCGUCCGGUCCAAGAACCUCUACGAGCUUCUGGGUAACGACCCAGAGCUCGACCCCAGCAGACCCGCUCCUCCCCCCACCAAGGCUAUCGACCGCCCCGUUGACCGCUCCGGAAAGCGUGAUGCCCCCAAGGAGCAGCCUGCCCGUCACACUGAGGCCAACGCCCGCCGUGGUGGCCGUGUGACCGGUGGCAACGAGGCCGCUUACCGUGACCGCAACGCUGGCCGUAACAACAACCGUGAGAAGCCCACUGACGAGGCUGCUCAGCCCGCCCGCCGUGGUGGCCGUGGCAACCGCGGUGACCGCCAGUCCCGCACUGGCCAGACCGACACCCGCAAGCAGGUCCAACAGGGCUGGGGUGCCGAGAACGGCGAGAAGACCUUGGACGAUGAGCGCCAGGGCGAGAAGAUCGCCAAGAAGGAGGAGAACGAGCCCCAGACUCCCGUCGAGGCCGAGGAGCAGGAGGAGCCCGACAACUCCAAGUCCUUCGCCGACUACCUUGCCGAGAAGGCCCAGCGCGAGACCUUCGCCGCCAAGCCCGAGCGCACCGCCAACGAGGGCGCCAAGCUCGACAAGAAGUGGGCUGCCGCCAAGGCGCUCUCCAAGGAGGAGGAACCCUCCUACAUCCAGCCCUCCCAGGAGAAGGCCAAGCGCGAGAAGCAGCGCAAGGAGAAGAACUUCCUUGACGUUGACCUCCGCUACGUCGAGCCUCCCCGCAGCGGCCCCGCUCCCCGCGGCCGUGGCGACCGUGCUCCCCGUGGUGACCGCCCCGCCCGUGGUGGUGAGCGCAGCGAGCGUGGCCGUGGUGGCCCCCGUGGUGGCGACCGUGCCCCCCGCGGUGACCGCCCCGCCCGUGGUGGUGCUGCCCCCGCUGCCCGCGGUGGUGCUCCCCGUGCCAACGCCCGUGGCCCUGCUGGCCCUACCGUCGACGAGAAGAACUUCCCCAGCCUCGGCGGCAACUAA